AUGUCUUCUUCUACUGAUGCUGAACCUGCCGCAAAGAGGCAGAAACUGCCUCCUCCUUCUGAUUCGGUAUCAGUUGUAUUCAUGGAUCAACACGAUAUCUGGAUCCAGAUCCUCGCCUUUGUGGGCAUGGGGCACUACGCCUUUGUUGGAAGUGUCAGCAAAAAGCUGAAUCACUUGUACAAGGUAUAUUGUGCUUCGGUCCAGAAUCCUCCAAAGGUGAAGGAAUACAAUGACGACACAGAAGAGUGGGACAAGUUCUCGGCAACCGCCACCGAUACAUUCUAUCGUGUUGCGCUUUGCAAUGUGCCCUCUGCUAAAUUCUGGCACAGUGACAAUUCAAGCAGCAAAGCUCCCACCUAUUAUAGUGCUUGCAAUGCAAUUGCCAGAGUUGGUAGUAUUCCUGUUCUACAAUGGGCUCUAGAAUGUGGAUUCCCAUGGGAUUCGUGGACUUGCCGCAUGGCCGCUGCAGGUGGUCAUUUUGAAUUGCUAAAAUGGGCACGCGAGAAGGGAUGCCCCUGGGAUGAAAAAACUUGUGCUGAAGCGGCUCGGUAUGGCUAUUUUGACAUUCUGAAAUGGUCUCGCAAGAAUGGCUGCCCAUGGGAUCAUUGCACGUUGUCUCUUGCUGCUGAAGAGGGUCAGUUUGAAAUCCUGAAAUGGGCCCAUGAGCAUGGUUGCCCAUGGAAUCACAUGGCUUGCUGUUUGGCUGCUCGAUAUGGUCACUUGGAAAUCCUCAAGUGGGCCCGUGAGAAUGGAUGCCCAUGGGACAGUAGCAUGUGCUCCUUUGCGGCAGAGAUGGGCCACUUGGAGAUUAAAUAG